UUUGAUGUGUGUGCAAGCAAACGUUUGUCAUCAGCAGUUAGUUAUCAGAGUUUGUAUCUCUGCAGGUGCCAGACUUUGACACUGCAUGUUUUCAGAUCUCACGACAGCUGGUUGAGUUUGUCAUCUCUUUGACUUGUUUUGCUCUUUUCAGUUAAGCGUGAAGGCGGAGUCUCAUCAAUGCUGACAUUCUCUUGAUAUAUAUGGAGAAAAUAAAAAUGCUUUUUCUGAUUUGUCUUUAAAAAUCUUUGAUGAUUUUCUCUCUCAACUCCUAAAAAGGUAACAGCGAGUGCGAUUGGCAGUUGUCAGAUGCCCCAAACCCCCUCCCCCCGGCCCUCUUCAAACUCAGAGAUUAACAUUAAACUAGUUUGUUAAACAGAGAGAACAGAUGGAGAUGAAGAGCAGUCUCAGACUUUUUUAUAUUGGUAUAAUCAUCACACUUUCCACUGCAAACAAUGUGAGGUUGAUCGGUGGCAGUCGUCCUUGUUCUGGUAGAGUUGAGGUUCUUCAUGAAGGUCAGUGGGGAACAGUCUGUGAUGAUGGUUGGGAUAUGAAAGAUGCUGCAGUGGUGUGUAAAGAGGUGGGCUGUGAUAAACCGGUACGUGCAGUUGGUGUUGCUCACUUUGGACAAGGAUCAGGACCAAUCUGGAUGGAUGAAGUGCACUGUAAUGGAUCAGAGUCCACACUGAAGAACUGUAAAUCCAAGGGGGUUAGCAACUGUGGUCAUCAUGAAGAUGCUGGAGUUAUUUGUUCAGAUCGCAUUCCCAGACUUGUAAAUGGAUCUCACUUGUGUUCUGGAAGAGUCGAGGUGAUGCAAGGAAAGAAGUGGGACACAGUGUGUGAUACUGCGUUUGAUAAACGAGAUGCAGAGGUUGUGUGUAGAGAGCUGAACUGUGGGGUUCCUGUACAAGUGCUUAGGGGGGCUGCUUUUGGUAAAGGAGAGGGGCAGGUGUGGACACAAAAGAUUAAAUGUAGAGGAGAUGAAUCUUACUUUGUGUUCUGCCCAACAUCCACUUCACAAAAAAAUUGUUCUCAUGACAAAGAUGUGGGAGUUAUAUGCACUGGUUACUCACAAGUUGUGCUGGUGAACGGCUCUGAUAUCUGCUCUGGUCGAGUUGAGCGUCAGUAUUUCAGUAAAUUGGGCUCAGUGUGUGACGACUGCAUGAAUAUGAGAGCUGCCAAUGUUCUCUGUAGAGAGCUGAAUUGUGGGAUUGCUGUGUCUGUUGUGGGAGUGGACUGGUUUGGAGAGGGAUCUGGUGAAAUCUGGGCUGAUGUGUUUGAUUGUCAGGGGAAUGAAACAAAACUCUCAGAAUGUUCAAUCUCUUCAUGGAGUCGAGCUGAAUCCUCUCAUAAACAAGAUGUUGGAGUCAUUUGUUCUAAUUCCUCUCUGUCUCUUCAUGAUGGUCGAGUGAGGUUGUCUGGAGAGAGAGAGUGUGAGGGUGAGGUGGAAGUUUACAUUCAUCAGGUUUGGAGGAGAGUUCUGCUGGACUCCUGGAGUCUCACUGAAUCCUCUGUGGUCUGCAGACAGCUGGGCUGUGGCUCUGUGCUGAACUUCACUAACUCCUCUUCAUCCAGUGAUGAACACAGUUAUGAGUGUGUGAUGGGCUUCCAGUGCUCUGGGACUGAACAUCAUCUGAGGAACUGCAGAUCUCCACAAACUCUCAACUGCAGCACAACACAACAGCUGUCAAUCACCUGCAUUGGUCAGCGGUCCAUCAGGUUGGUGGGUUCUGGUGGAGAUUGUGCAGGAAGGCUGGAGGUUUUUCACAAAGGCUCAUGGGGUACAGUGUGUGAUGACUUCUGGGAUAUUAAAGAUGCUCAUGUGGUGUGCAGACAGCUGCAGUGUGGAGUGGCUCUCAGUAAUCAGCCAGUACCAGCCUGGUUUGGUCCUGGUUCUGGACCCAUAUGGCUGGAUGAUGUGAACUGUGAGGGGAAUGAGACGUCACUGUGGAGCUGCUCUUCACGGGUCUGGGGAGAUCAUGACUGUAAACACAAGGAGGAUGUAGGAGUCGUGUGCUCAGAGUUUAAAGAGUUCAGGUUAACUGAAGGCUGUAAAGGGAAUGUGGAGGUUUUCUACAAUGGAUCUUGGGGUAAUGUUUGUGUAAAUCAAAUGGACAGAGACACAGCAAGUCUGAUCUGUCAAGAGCUGAACUGUGGAAGAUCUGCCAGUGAACCCGGUUAUUCAGUGGGAGUAAUGGCAGCUCCUAAUUGGUUGGAUUAUCUAAGAUGUCGAAAACAUGACAUGAGAUUGUGGCAGUGUCCAUCUUUACCUUGGGGUCUGAAUAAUUGUUAUCAGAAUGAGGUGGCUGGCUUCACUUGCUCCGAGAAUGAAAGCAAUGUGUCUCCACGGAGUCAUCUGACCUGUAAUACAUCUCAUCAGAGACCAUGUACAAGUAAGUUAAACUGUAUGUUUUAUUAAUGGCCACUUGCUUUUUUCUAAACAACAUGUUCGAACUUCUCAAGCUGGUAUUGAUGAGUUUGCUGAUGCUUUGAUGUGUGUGAUGUAGA